CAAUGUUGCUUGCGUGCUUACUGCUGCUCUUAGUGCUUCUAGUGAUCAUCUUAGUUAAAUCGAGAUCUAAAAAAUUGUUACACUUACACAGCCAGAUAAAAGUGGACUUUCCCUACAUACCCGUCAUUGGACAUGCUUAUAAGUUUAUCGGAAGCAAUGAAGAUCGUAUGCUGAUGUUCGACGAGCUUGCUCGGCAAGCGUACACAAACAAGCAUGGCAUGGCGAGCUUCUGGUUGGCGCAUUACCUGUGUGUUUCUGUAUCAGAUCCUGCGACCGCAAGUGUCGUGUUGAAGACUUUCCACGACAAGUGGCCCGUCACGCUCACCAUGCGGCACCUGCUCGGCAACGGCUCGGUCUUUGCGGAAGAAGAAAUAUGGCGUCUUCGACGAAAAAUUCUUAUUCCGGUAUUUAAUUCUAAAUAUUGUGAUAAAUUUGUCAAAAUCUUCGAACGCAACAAUAAAAUAACGAUGGAUAACCUGAGUGCUGUCGUGGACAAGGGAGACUUCUCUAUGUGGGACUUUUUCCGAGCCUACACAUUGGACUCUGCUUUUGAUAUGGCUUUUGGUGAAAACUUAAACGUCCAGAAGAAUCCAAAUCAUCCGUUCGCCUUAGCAUUUCAAGAUUAUUUUAAAAACGUUGCGGCGCGAGUGUGCCAGCCGUGGCUGUUCAGUAACGCGAUAUACGACCUGCUGCCCGUGGGCGCCAAACAGAACCGCAACAAGCAACUCAUUUGGGACUGUCUUGAGGACCUGAUUCAAAAGAAAAAUACAUUAUCCCAAGAAAGACUCGACAACACGAUGGAAACCGAUACUAGGAAUACCCGCAGUGGAAAAUUUAAAUCAUUUCUGGACCUUUUGAUUGAAUUCUCUGGUGGAUACACGGACACGGAGCUCCGGGAGGAGACGUUGGUGCUGAUCCUAGCGGCCACUGACACCAGUGCUACUACGCUAUGCCUCGCUUCGGUCAUGCUGGCGAACCAUCCUGAAGUACAAGAUAAAGUUUAUCAAGAGAUUAAGGAAGUUUUAGGUGAUUCAGAGAGAUCGCUGGACAACUUGGCGAAGCUGAAGUACCUGGACGCCGUGGUGAAGGAGACCAUGCGUCUCUACCCGCCCGCGCCCGUCACCGUCAGGAGGUGCAACAAGGAUUUGGAGCUAGCUUCUGGGCUUGUCCUCAACGAGGGCUGCUACUUUUUGCUGAACAUCUGGGGCGUGCACCGCAACCCUGGCUGUUGGGGCGCCGACGCGGAUGAAUUCAAACCGGAGCGUUUUCUAAGCGCCACGCCGGACCAGCUCGCGGCCUUCAUGCCGUUCGGUUAUGGAUCACGAAGCUGCAUCGGGUUACAAUUGGCCUUAACUUCAAUCAAGUUGUCUCUGGCGGAGCUGACGCGUCGCUAUCGGCUCGCGCCUGCCGCGAGCUACGCGUACAGCCGGCAGGCGCCGCUGCGGGUCACCUUCGACAUCAUGCUGAAACAUGUGCACAAGUUCAAAGUGCAGAUGGAGAACAGACACUGAGUCAAUUGAUUGCGCCAAAAACAGUUUAUUGAUCGUGGCUUUUAGUGGAUAA